AAAAGUUUUCUCCUCUUUCAAAUAUCGCAAAAACUGAAGUUUAUUUUUGUUUAUUAAGAGUUGCGAGAAUGACGACGGAAUCUGUACAGACUUAUGGUCGUAAAAAAACUGCGACCGCUGUUGCACAUUGUAAACGUGGUAAAGGCCUUAUUAAGAUUAAUGGGUCUCCAAUUCAUCUAGUUGAGCCAGAAAUUUUAAGGUUCAAGGUUUACGAACCUAUUUUAAUCUUGGGACAAGAAAAAUUCGCUGGUGUAGAUAUCAGAGUUCGAGUAAAGGGCGGUGGCCAUACCUCCCAAGUUUAUGCUAUCCGCCAGGCGAUUGCAAAAGCAAUCGUUGCCUUCUAUCAAAAGUAUGUAGAUGAAGCUCAGAAAAAGGAAAUCAAGGAUACCCUUAUCCAUUAUGACAGAAGUUUAUUAGUUGCUGAUCCUCGUCGUUGUGAACCAAAGAAGUUUGGAGGUCCAGGUGCUCGUGCACGCUAUCAAAAAUCCUACCGUUAAUCUUAAUUUUACUUCGAUAUUCUUAAUUUUCAAUGUUAUAUAAAUAAAUUAUCAAAAUUGU